UGCUGUCGGAGCGGCCGGCAGUUCCCGCAGCCGUGGAGGUGGAGGAGCGUGGUGUCUGGUUCUGAUGCUUGUGUCUGUGUAAUAGGUGUCUUUACAUAGGAGGAAAGCAAAUGGAUCUCCUGCAGAACUCAGCACCCCUGGCCAGCAGGCUGCGAAACACCCUGGUUCAGUACCACAGCAUCGGAGACAGCGAGUGGAGGGUCACCAAGAAAACCAAAGAUGCAACUGUGUGGCGUAAACCAUCAGAGGAAUUCAGUGGAUACCUCUACAAAGCUCAAGGAGUGGUGGAAGAUGUUACUAACAGAAUAGUGGAUCACAUUCGCCCUGGACCUUAUAGGCUAGACUGGGACAGCUUAAUGACAACAAUGGACAUCAUGGAAACAUUUGAUGAGAACUGCUGUGUGAUGCGCUACACCACUGCUGGCCAGCUCUGGAACAUCAUAGCACCAAGGGAGUUUGUUGAUUUCUCUUAUACUACAAGCUAUGAAGAUGGGAUUCUAACAUGUGGUAUAAGCCUAGAUUGUGGAGAGGUGAGACCUAACUUUGUCCGUGGAUUCAAUCACCCUUGUGGUUGGUUCUGUGUCCCUCUUAAGGACUAUCCUAGCCACAGUCUUUUGACAGGCUAUAUUCAGACUGAACUGCGAGGGAUGCUACCACAAUCUGCAGUGGACACUGCCAUGUCUAGUACCCUGGCCAAUUUCUACUCUGACCUCAAAAAGGCACUUAAAACAAACAAACAGUGACUUAAGAGCUCAUGCAUUUCUUGUAAUCAAAUGCUAUUGUUUAGCUUGGCAUAGGUUAGCUACCAAGUGAAGAAGUGACAUUGUCCCUGAAUGAUACCUGAACCUUUAUACUGAGGGAUCCAAACAACUUUAUAAAGUACUUUUUAAUGUGAUACUUAGCAUACCUUCCUAAUUCAUGGUGUGAGAUUCUGUUUCCUGCUCAGCACUGUGCAGCUGUGUGAGGAGUAGUCUGAAUCCGUAAACCUCUGGCUUUUUAGGUAGAAAACACAAAGAUGGGGGGGGGAGGGAAGGCGGGCUUGAAAAAUGCAGCACGAACUCAGCUGUCUUCAAUAGUACUGAGAGUGGAGUGCUUAGCAUUUUGCUGGCGCAGGUUGCUGUACAGGCAGCAUCUCAUUGAAGAUGUGAUUUUGUAAUACAUAUAUUUUUAUAUUUACUUAAACUUUAUUUAUUUAGUUUGUACAGGUGCAUCUGUAAUUUGUUUUACAAAUUCAGUUGAUCAUGGGGAUAUUACAUAGUUAAGUUAUAAAAUGAUACUAUUUGUAAGAAAGCUAUUUGCUCUUGUUAGCAAAAAUAAGUAUUCAUUGUUGGCAUUUCUUCAGUGUUGUAACUGUAACUUAUUUAACUAUUGUAUAUAACAGUCUCAGUGCACAGGUAAAGAAAUGCCCCUACAGCUGAUCCAAAGCUCAUGUAAAUCAUCUAAUAUAUUUCCAUAGUUCUUAGUGGGCUCUAAUCACACAGUUGUCAAAAUA